CUUUUCUUUUCAGUUUCAGGUAUAAGAACUCACGCUAUUUGGUUUAACCAAGAAUUGCCGAGGUAUUAAUUUUAACGCAAUUGACGACAAACUAAAAUGGUGGGGGCUAAAUUUUGUUACUUGGAGCUGCUUGUUUUUAUGGUGCUCUUGCCGGGCGUUUCGUGUUCCCCGAUGCCCAGGUGUCACCCAACCAACCUUAUCGAGUAUAGAAUGACCAUAGAGUCGAUGACACGUCAACAUAAAGCCAAAAGAUUCUUGUUAAUGACUGAAAACCUUAGCGGUGAAUUCAAUCUGUCCUUCACGGGGGGUGACAGAGCACCGGGGACGGAUAUUUACAGGUUUAUCUUGAGAAGAGAAUGCUCAGGUCAAAACCUAGUGUAUUCCUUCAAGCCCUACAAAAAGCCGGACUUUAUCAUAGCUGUGGAAGAUGAAAAGUUGGUGGUGAAAAAUGCAUCGACUGUGUAUCCGACAGACAACAAAUGGAAGUUUGAAAAGAAGAAGAUCGUUAUGAAAUACUUUGACAGUGACCUGCACUCGGAUGUCGACAUGGAUUAUUACGCACUGAUGUCUUUAUCCACACCUCGAGCGGUAAUUAAAAGUAAUAGGUCUGGAAAAGUGUUCCUAGACAAGAAAAAGAACUGGAAAGAUUGUCGCACAUGGGUAAAAAUAAACAUUACGUAAUGGCGCCUUCACUAAACCAUGUUCAAUUUGAUAUCUUUUGUUACCCUACGUGUGGAAAUUUUAUAUUGUAGCAGUUCUGUUUAAAGUAGUGGGGUGUUGAAAGCCUAAAUUGAACCGUUCUGAAUGUCAUAGAGAACUAAAUGUAAUAAGAUUUGGUCCUAAAUGAAAUAAAGUCUUAAAUGUAA